AUGGAGGUGGUGACCAAGAUGGCUUCAGAGAGACCAGUUGUGAUCUUCAGCAAGAGCUCAUGCUGCAUGUGCCAUUCAAUCAAGACCCUGUUUUCUGAUUUUGGGGUGAACCCAGCAGUGUACGAGCUUGACGAGAUGCAGAGAGGAAGAGAGAUAGAGCAGGCUCUUUCAAGGCUUGGCUGCAACCCUACUGUGCCUGCAGUGUUCAUUGGGGGAGAUUUUGUGGGUGGAGCCAAUGAGGUCAUGAAUCUUCAUCUUCAGCGCUCCUUAAUCCCGAUGCUUAAACGCGUUGGAGCCUUGUGGGUUUGA